ACGCAGCGUAGUCUACCACGUGACUGACAUCAGCUGACCAGCAGGCGGAACCGAAUGAAAACAUGGUGGUUUUACUCAGCAGGUUAGCUGUCACAGACUGUCUGAGACUGUGUCACAAGGUGGUGGAUGGACUGUGUGGGCGGGAGCCCCCUCGCAGGGGGGAUUACAGCUCCACCUGGAGCCUGGAGGAGUGGCUGGAGCUCCUCAACUCCCUCACAGCCCUCUUCAGCCUGGCGGUGGGCAGCAACAGCUCUGAUGAAGAGGUGCUGGCCGGGCUGUCAGGUGUGGGCAGCAGUCACGCGGAGGCCGUGCUGAGCGUGAUAAGAGCGAGACGGGAGGAGAUCCGCCGCGCCCUGCUGGACAGAACCAACUCCAUCUCUUCUGCUACUCUGCAGGACUUUGACUGGCAGCUUAAGUUGGCUCUGUCCAGCGAUAAGAUCUCGUCUCUCCACACUCCUCUGCUCAGUCUCAGUCUGGACGUCAGAGAGAACAGAGCCCUCCGGUCUGUCACCAUGGAGAUGAACAGAGAGGAGUUAAAUACGCUCAUCAGUUCACUAGAGGCUGCUAAUAAGGUGGUGCUGCAGUUAAAAUGAUGGAGAGAUUGUGGACCACUGAUCCCAGACAGGAAGUCCAGUGGAUGGAUGUUGUGCCAAGAUUUUGCAAUGUUGGAGACACAGAAACAGUUUUUUGUAAUUCAGUGUUGAAUAUGAGCAGUUGAACACUCUCACUAUUGUUUUUGUAAUGCAGUGUUGCAUCAUGAAUGUGUCAAUGAAGUAAAUGUUCCUUUGCUUUUUUA